UUUAAUAUUGUUCUCUUCAUAGAGGAACCCGUUCUCUCUCUCUUUCUCUCAUUCAGAAAAACGAAAAAAUGUCUUCAACAUCGAAAAACCAAACUCCAGAAUAUUACCAAAACGUCGUCGUAAUGAGACACGGCGAUCGCAUCGACAACUUCGAUCCGUUAUGGAUAUCCACAGCGCAACGACCGUGGGACCCACCUCUCGUUCAAGAGGGACGGGUUCGGUCCUUCUGUACGGGUCGGAAGUUUCGCAAUGUUUUCAAAUAUCAGCUUCAUCGUGUUUACGUCUCACCCUUCCUCCGCUGUGUUCAGACCGCCGCUGAAGCCGUUAUCGCUCUCUCCGCCGUUGAUGAUAGCCCCGAAGCUCUCACCGGAGAGUCUGUUAGAUUUGAUCCUUCUAAAAUUAAGGUCUCUGUUGAAUAUGGAUUAUGUGAAAUGAUGAGCAGAAUGGCGAUUAGGCUUGACGUGGCUCCUAAAGAUGGAAACUGGGGUUUUAACAUAGCAGAGCGUGAGGCCAUGCUUCCGGCAGGGACAGUCGAUAAAAAUGUUGAAAAGAUCUAUAAAGAGUUGCCUAAGUAUGAGGAGCCGAUUGCAAGCACGAAGGCUAGAUAUGAGCAAAUAGUUAAAGACCUUGCUGAUAAACAUCUCACUGAAAACUUGCUUCUUGUCACACAUGGAGAAGGAGUUGGUGUGGCUCUAUCUUCAUUCAGAAAGGGUGCUGAAGUAUAUGAAGUUGACUAUUGUGGAUAUGUGGAACUUAGACGCCCGAUUUUCAAGAAAGAUAAGUCAUUUACUGCAGGACAGUUUGAAGUAAUUACUAAUACCGGACAAACUGGCGUAAAAUAUUCCAUCUAAAGUCCUUGGUGCAACGUCAUACAUCAGUUGAACUUCAUGUUGCUCGUCUACGAGCCAGUUUCUCACUUAUCACUCUGCUUAUUUUGACAUUGGAGUUCUCCAAUGUCCAAAUGACUUCCAUUGUGCAUGCUUGAUUCAGUAGGUGAAUUUUAGCUGCAUAUUCUUCUGCACUCUUAUGGCAUUUUCCUAGAUUAAAUAGUAAACAUAGGAGAGACAGAAAUCGAAAUUGGAGGAAUUUAUGUUGCUAUUUUAUUGGGAAGAUACUUCUUGUUUGUACAAUAAUGAACCAAGGUGAGAUAAUCUUAUUUGAGUUUAAGUUUAAGUUGUUUCUGUUUUA